AUGAGAUCCUUACUUCUUUUAGCUAGAAGAAGUGCUCGAAGACGGCAAUUCAGCUUAUUGCCAAGUCCAUCACACCUGCAUUUCCGUCAAGGUGGUCAAUGCAUCUGCUUCUCUUCGACUACUACAACCGUCAAACCAACCGAGAAUUUCUUGCAACUCUGGAAUCGUCAAGUGGAAGAGGGAAAGCUCCGACCAGACAAGGCACAGCAAAAAGUGGCCAAGAGGUUGCACAGACUUCAAACGGCACUGCUAGACGGAUACUCCAAUCAACCAUUCUUUCAACAGCUACAAGAACAAUCAGAUGAAGAAGAAUCAAGUAAAGAAGAGCAAGAAUCAAGUGAACAAGAAGACACAAUAGACAAACAAGAAUCCAAAAAUGAGGGGGGAAAGAAGGACAAGACUCACCCACAUCUGCCACGCAUUCCUCGCGGACUCUACAUUCACGGUCCCGUCGGCACGGGCAAAUCCUUGCUCAUGGACACCUUUUACAAGAGUUUCCAACAACAGCAACAACAAACUACUACAACUACAACAAAAUCAAAAUCACGCUAUCACUUUCACGAAUUCAUGGCCAUGGUCCAUGAACAAAUCCAUGCCCUGCAACAACACGACUUGCGUACCAAAGGACGCAACUUUGCCAUUGAUACGUCGUACCAACGCAAUCCCAUUGUCCGGGUCGCCUUGCAACUCGCCCAAUCCACACCCUUGCUCUGUUUGGAUGAAUUUCAAGUCACCGAUGUGGCCGAUGCCAUGAUUCUACAAUUGCUGUUGGAAGUUCUACUGACUCAUGGGACCGUCUUGGUAGCCACGUCCAAUCGACCGCCCUCUCUGCUCUACGAAGACGGACUCAAUCGAAGUUACUUUUUGCCUUGUAUUGAUCUACUACAACAAUACUGUAUCGUCCACUCUCUCGAAUCGAAUGUCGGGGAUUAUCGAAAAUGGUUGGUGGAAAACAACAACACAGACAACAAUGAUCACCACACAAAGAAUGAUCAUCAAACAACGAAUGCCAACAGUCGGCUGAAAUUAUUACCACCCAACCAUACCGGAUCCUUCUUUUUGAAACAUGACCCCGAGAUGGUCGAUAGUAUUGUGGCAAACACAGCGACAGUGCUCAACAACAACGGUGACAAUCCACUGCACUCGUUUGACUUGCCCGUGGGAUUUGGUCGCACUCUGACCGUCACUCGAGGCAUUCGCCAUCUCGUUGGAAUCUUUGACUUUGAACAACUCUGCGACACGGACGUGGGUGCGUCGGAUUAUCGUGCCAUAGCACGACACUUUGCGAUCGUCGUUGUUCAAAACGUUCCUCCCUUGUCGACUUACCAUCACAAUCGGGCCCGACGAUUCAUUACACUGGUCGAUGAAUUGUACGAAGGAAAAUGCGCCUUGCUGUGUUCCACCACUACCGUUUUGACCACACCGGAUGACUUGUUUGAAACACCUGCCACCAGUGUUAUAAGCAGCGAUGAUACGACGUCAUCCGACGACGUCGUACAAGAAGCACUGGGCUUGGAAGAUGUGCAAACACAAGGGGGACAACCCGUCAGUACAUUGGCCAGCGUUCGAGAACUGGCAUUUGCCUUUCAACGGGCCGCCAGUCGCAUCACCGAAAUGACGUCCACGCGGUGGUGGAAUCAAGAACUUACUCAAGUUACUACUGCGAGCUGA